AUGGCAACCGCAAUUUAUGACUAAUUAGUAACAGUUUUUACAAAUACAGAUAAUAACAUCAGAAAUGAAACAGAAAAACAAUUAGUGACUAGUCUCAUAGAUAAUAUCUAGAAUUUCGAAUAGAUAGCCAAAGUUGCUAUGUAAUAGGAUAAAAGUAAAAAUGUGUUUCGAUAUCUGUAUAGUGCAAGAACAGGCAGCCAGUUUAUUAAAUUCAGUUGUGUUGAAGAUGCUGACAAACAACAGUAUUUUUAUAUCAUACUAAAUAGUGUAAUUGACAAUAAAUCAUGCAAAUUCCAUCCUGGCAGUUCUCAUGUCUCAGUACACUCCCUUAAAAUGCAAGUAAUCUUUGAUCAAGUGCAUGAGUUUAAUUGUUAGAAAAGAUAAAAGUAUUUACCUAACUUAAACUAGGUGUAAAAACAGAAAUUGAGAAUAAAAUGAAGGAAUUCUUAAGACAAGAAUAGCAAUGGCAAAUUUAAAUAGGAAUCUUAUUUUUUAAGAUCUUACAAGACUCUUUGGAAUUGCAAACAUAUAGUUCCAUAGUGUAAACAGGUUAUGAAUGGAUAGGUGAGUUUUUCAAUCAAACCGGCUUUGUCAUCACCAAAUUGACAGAAUAACCAAAGGAAUUAUCAGAUGAUUUCAUCACAACCAUUAGAUUAUACACUCAAGUAGUCACUGAUUUAUGUGAGAAAGUAUUUGAUAGAAAUAAUAGUCAAAAAGAACAAACUUAACCAAUUCAAAACAUUUUAUUUCAAUAAAACUCUUUCUCUGGAAUUCUUAUAAUAUUAUUAUCCUAUUCUCCAUAAAUAGGUAAACAGAUUCAAAAUUGUUCCAUUAUCAAUACGGGCAAUGAUCAUUUUGACAAUCAAUUAAAUGAAAUUAAGUGUUAAGUGUUCAAGAUCUACUUCUUAACUCUCCAAGUCUUGCUGAAUAAUCGCAAUAAGAAUGAAGUUAAAAAAGGAGCUUUUGGUCCUUACUUAACGACCAUAACACAAUUGUUAAUCUACAGUUUAUUGGCAUAUAUCAACAGUGAAUCAAUUACUUAAAUUUACAAGUAUUUAUGCAAUCUAUAAUCAUGAAAGCAAACCCUAUUUACCAAAAAUCAUGACGUACAUCCUGAAGUUAUUGGCAAACCUAGGGUCUUAGACUGAUUAAUACCAAAUAUUCUCUGAUUCUAAAAUUGCCUUAAUAACAGAUGUAAUCUAUCCAUUUCUGAUAACCUCCCAAAAAGAAUAUUAAUAGAUGAAAGAUUAGCCUGAAGAAUUUGUCAAUUUGGCAUUGGACACAGUAGACAAAUAGGAAUCAGAUGUUCCAAAGACAGCAGCAGCAUCCUUAUUAGAAACCUUAUGUGAUCAUAUUGAUGGGUCUACUACAUUUUUGGCAAAUUUGGCAGUCAUAAUUUCAUAGGAUUCCAUCAAUAUGAUAACUAAUAAUCCAGUUUAAUUGAAGGAAUAACAAGUGGCCUUUGUUUAGGCAUUGCAAGAUAAGUAGAUAAAACCUAUAUAAUAGGAAAUUAUUCAAAGAAUAUACUCCGGUGGAUAGGAUUGAAAGUAGUUUAGUAAUUUUAACAAUCAUGAGUUAUUUGAUACAGAAAAGAUUUGAUAUUGUGUUAUUAAUGGAAUAACUCCUGACUGAUAAUUUAUUAUUCUUUUAGUCAAUUCAAGAAUAAAUAAUCAAAUUAAGACUCUCCUUAUUCUUUGGAUAUUAUUGUGACAACUUAUUCAAAAAGGAUACUCAAUCGUAAAACAUGAAUGCUUAUUUAUAAAUAAUGAUCAGUUUUGUGUAGCCAUCAGAACCUGUUGUACUUUAUUAAUCAAUUGAUGCAUUGAAAGACAUAUUUGAGGAUGAUGAUCUCAAAGGUAAAACCAAAGAUCUGGUAGUAAUACUAUUCCCACAAUUAUGUAAUGGACUUCAAUACAGCACAUACGAGAGACACUUUGAAACAAUAACAAAUAUACUAAAAAGGUAUCCGAAUUAGUUCUUGUAAAAUGAUAACUUAUUGGUUGGUUUGAUCCAAGUUUUAACUUAGAGAGUCAUUAUGGAAUAGUAGAAAAUCAAUUCAGGUGAUCAAUAAAGACAUAUCUAUUUAAAUAGAUGUUGGAAUGUCCUUAGAUCAUUGGUUGAUCAAGAUGAAUUCAGUGAGAUCUUAGGCAAAUUGGAGUAGCAUUUAGCAUAAUUGUAUUCAAUGUUGGCUAAUUGUGAUAAAAUAGAUUUUGAUGAAGAUCUGGUGCUCUUCAUUUCUGGAUGCAUCUCUAAAUUAUCAGUUGUAACAGAAUUGUAGAUGCAAAUCUUACCAUACUUCUAGAAUAUCAUCAAGAAGUAGUAGGGAAGAUUGUGCAAUCUUUUUGAAACACUCAAUCAAUACAUGCAUUUUGGAAGAAACUAUUUUUUGAAUGAAGCCUAAUAGUCCAUUUACUUUUAAUUGGCAUUCUAGAAUUUGUAAAAUGAAGAUAACUAUGGUGACAUCGAAUUAGGAGAAGGAGCCUUGUUAAUUCAAUUAGGAAUCUAAGAACUCCAUGAUGAUCUAAAGAGCAAUAUACUAUCUUAAAUCCUUUUCCAAACUAUCAAAAUUUUAUAAAGUAAAGAGAUCAAUGAACACUUAAAGUCUAGAAUUACAGGCAUCAUUUUGAGUUCUCUUUACAAAAUACCAGAAAAAACAUAUGAAGUCUUGUCUGAAGUUUUCUCUGCUGUUUACAAUUGCAUUUUAGAAACCCAUUAUUCUCCAGGUUACGAUAUCAAAUUGUUUAUAAUUACGAUGUCAUCAUUGAUUAUGAAAUAACCCAAUCUCUUAACUCCAAAUUUACUGACCAUAAUGGUCAACAACUUAAUCGCUUAAGAAAAGUAUGAAAAAGAUUAAAAGUUUAAAUAAAAUGAGUAAUGUAUUCUUGUUUAAUUCUAGUUACAUGGAUGAUGAAUUAGAUGACGAAGAUGAUGAUAGCGAUUUCAACGAUGAGGAAGAAAUAACAUAAGCUUAGCAAUAGACAGAGUAAUUCCUAAGUUCUGUAGUCAAAUUGGAUGAAUAUUCUUUAUUCAAAUAGACUCUCCUAUGCAUCAAGAAUCAGUAUGAGUAUUAUACUUACUCCUUAGGUACCCAGCAGCUAUUGAUCAAUUAAAAACUGGGUUGGACUAAUAGACAAUCAACAAAAUUAAUGAAUAAUUGUAGUUUGUUAGAGUGGAAACUCAAGAUGGAGAAGAACUUAGAAAAUUUCGACAACUAAAUAAUUGCUAUCGUAAAAAGUAAUUUAAUAAUUGA